AUGCUGUUCACUCGAAAUUCCCUCCUCAAGAAGAGUAACUUAGGGGGGCAACGCCCCCCAAUAUACCAAGGAGCCCGAGGACGUUUUGUAGGGGAGCUGAGAAUGGACAAGAGAGAGCAGAAUUAUCGGCUAGAGCGAGGGCCAGGGGAGAGGGAAGGAAGGUGGGAGGAAUGUGGAAGUGCCAUGGCUCCCAUCGCCUCCCGACCCCACGGUUUAUUAGGGAAUCCAGUGGCUUCUGGGACCGGUUGCCUCACCAUGUGUUAUGAACUAGAGGGUUACGAUGACCACGAUGUUAAGGAAUUAAAAGAGGAAUGCCCGAUUCUGGCCAAAUCUGCAACGAGUUAA